CGCCCCGCUUUGUGCGGUGGGCCAGGGCAGCUGCCUGCCCGGCGCCCAGCCCUCGGACUCGGAGCAGGAGCCUCCUCGGCCCGCCGGCCUGCUGCGCUGCCUCCCGGACUUCUGCGCCUGCCGCCGUCUUGGCCUCUGCUCCGCCUCCUCUGCUCCGCGUCCUCCUUUUAUAGUGGGGCUAAUUUUAGGCCGGGCCUCGGCAGCGGCAGCAGCGAGUCCUCCGGCUCAGGCAGCUCCCCCUCCCGCCCGGCCGGCCGGCUGACGGACGGACCCGACGCGCUUCCUGAGCCGCCCUCUUAAAAGCGGAGCGCCGGGCCGAAGCCGGCAGAACGACCCAGAGGACGAGCCACCGAGCCAUGGCGCUGCUGGGCGGCCCCCCGGCCCCGAUCCUGCCCUCCUUCGCCUCCUUCUGCAAGGAAAGCCACGCACAGCUGCUGCUGCCGCCGCCGCCCCAGCACCAACGCUGGCCCUGCAGCCUGGAGGCCAAGCUCCUGCCCGGCGCCUCCUGCCCCGGCCCGGAUCCGCUCGGCGGCCCCAAGGACGACGAAGAGCUCAGCAGAGUCUUGGAUCUAAUCCUUGCCAUGGGCGGCGGCGGCGGCGGCGGCGGCAGCAAUGACCAGGACGCCGGCGGCGGCGGCGGCGACCACAGCGGCCUCUUCGGGCACCCGGCCGCUCCCCGCGGCGACGACUACGGGGCGGCCGUCCUGGACAGCUUCUACGAGGCGAUCCCGCAGGCUGGAUGCUACCGGUCGCUGCAGAGGGGCAGCCCCCCGCCGCCUUACGGCUCGGCCCUGGCCCCUGAACUGGAGGCGCCCUACCCGCUCCCGGGCUGCGGCGGCGGCGAGAUCCAGGGGCGCUUCUUCCUGGCCGCCGGCUUCGGGGCGCCGCCUCAGCAGCAGCAGCACUUGGUGGAGGGCAUCAAACCCGAACCGGACCUGGACAGCUACGGACCCCUGGUGGGGAUGGGGCCCCCCCAGGCCUGCCCCAAGAUCAAGCAGGAGGGCAGCCCCCCCUGCAUGAUGGCUUGUCCCCCGCAGCAGAUCCCGGGGGCAGAGACCCCGCCGCUGAGCCCCGACGACCUGGCGCACCACCCCGGACAGCAUCUGCUCUGCCCCUCGCAGCCCGGCUACUGCCCCGCCCCGCCGCCGGGCUUCCCCGCGCCCCUCCACCACCCCCAGCGGCCCCUCCAGUACCAGAGCGCUUCCCCGUUCGGCCUCUUUGAGGACAGCCUGCCGCCCUGCCAGGCCUCUGCCCCGCCGACGCAGCCGCCUCCGCGGGGCCUGCUGACGCCGCCCUCCUCGCCGCUGGAGCUGCUGGACGCCAAGCCCAAGCGCGGCCGCCGCUCCUGGCCCCGCAAGCGGACUGCCACCCACACCUGCACCUACACCGGCUGCGGCAAGACCUACACCAAGAGCUCCCACCUGAAGGCGCACCUGCGCACGCACACCGGCGAGAAGCCCUACCACUGCAACUGGGACGGCUGCGGCUGGAAGUUCGCGCGCUCCGACGAGCUGACUCGCCACUACCGCAAGCACACGGGCCACCGGCCCUUCCAGUGCCACCUGUGCGACCGGGCCUUCUCCCGCUCCGACCACCUGGCCCUGCACAUGAAGAGGCACAUGUAGCCCGCCGGGCGAGGAGAGGGAGAGGAGCGCGUAGCUGGUACUCCUGCGGCCGGGCGGAGGAGGCGGCGGCGGCGGCUGGACCCCGCGCUGCUUCCCGCAGAGGCCUCCGACCCACCCGGCUGAGGCCGGGGUCCCUGGAGCCACGCGGGGAUGACGAGGGCUGGCCGGGGGUCAGCGCUGCCCGCAACAUAAGCUGGGAGAGGACGGGGGGCAGAGCUCGGCACCCCCCUUUAGGUGGGGGGGGCCACCACCGGGGAGACCUGAAGGGCUGGAUGUUGGGAGAAAUGGCGGGGGGGACGGACUGUCCAGCCGAGGGGCCCCCUGAAGCUCCCCCGACACGCUCACGACUGCCGCGGCCGACACUAGGACCCCAGGGCCUGCGGUCCUGUUCGACGCCUUUUUGUACCGAAGUGUGUAUUGUAAAUAGUUUGAUGCGGAAGCGCUGGGAUUCUGCCCCUGGGAGACACGAUGGGUCUUUUGCCUACCCUUUGAUAGAACCGCGAAACUUCUAACGUUUUCGAACAGAGUUUUGUAAAAUAAAAGCCAUUCCGAGUGGA